ACGCCACAUUCGGACAAUUGGCCCCCGACGUCCUGCCCCCCGUAUUAAUUUUGUACGCAAUUCAACAAUUGGUUACUGGCUUAAAAGUUAAAUACAAAAUAUUUUUUUAGCAUAGUUGGUAUUUCGAUGCUGGUACUGUUAUACCAAAAUGUUACUAAAAAAUGUUGAUCGUCUCAAGGAAAAAAUAUUGGACGGGGACCGAUUGUCCGCAUACGUAAUUUUUAUGCGGGGACCAAUUGUCCGUAUAGCAUAGAUAUCUACAACCGUGACCGACACCGACGGACAAUUAUACUGGCCACUAGGACGUAUGAUUGUGUAGGAAUUUCGUAUUAUCUAUUUUAGGUUAAAUUUAAGGUGUCUUUUAAAAUAUAAUAUAAGUAUAUAACAAUCAUAAUAAUUAAAUCGGCAGCGAUAAUAAUAAUAAUAAUAAUAAUAAUGACGAUGACGAUUGACGAUAAGUCGUUGCCGUCAUCGCCGCAUAUUUAAAUAUUUCGAAUAACGAUAAUAUUGUUAUUAUUUAUUAUCGGACAGUGCCGAUUCGCGAAAUCGUGACUCGCCAGUCACCGCUCGCGACUCACGAGUCGUUUCAGUAUCGUCGUCGUUGUCACUCGUCGACUGUCGUCCGUCGUACAGAAAUAGUUGACGAAUAGUAGUCGGUCUUCUACUUAUCACACACCAAGACCAAAUACUUGCCGACUGAAAUAUCGACAUCACAGGUUUCGGGGAAUAGCCGUGUUCGUCAUCGCCGAACCAGUAAAUCGUUCCUGUCGAUCAUCGCCUCGAGGGAGACUUUUGCGCAAUCAAUUUCCCGGUGGCCGCGUCGUCUAUAUUGUGCGUGCCCUGUGCAGUUACUAUUGCGACCGUUGCCGUCUCAACACUGCAACUGACUGACUGUGGGCUCCAAGAAGUACCUACCUACCAAGUUAACUUGAAAAAAUUUUAAAGAUACCAGACUAUACACAGAAUAUUUCAACGAAUGAUGGCGUUGAUCAAGUGAUUAAACCAGUGUGCUAUCUUGACAGUGAUGAGUACCAGAGACGCAACAGAUGACCGCUAUAUUGACGAUUCUAUCCGAACGUGCAAAAAACCACCUUACAAGGUGCUGUAUUCCUAUAAGACCUACCUAUACGAUUUUAAGUCACUAUAUCGGAUUAAAUAUGAUUGGGAUACGGACUUUGUUACGUUUUAAAACGACUGAUUGUAAAAAAGAUCUGGGCACCGUGUUUAAAAAAAUGAACAAAGAUACCAAGCAGUUAUUCGGUGAUCUGUUAGAGACGAACAAAACGCGAAAACACCGUUUGAAACUAGCUGACAAAAUCGUGGGCGACGAGAAGGAAAAAGAAAAUAAUUAUCUUAAUCGCUUAAAGUCACAGAUCAAACCGACGAUGGAAGAUGGUAUCAGUAGUAUGGUGAAUGAUUCAAAGCAGAAUUUAAACCAAGAUUACUACAGAAAGCACACCACCGAAGUGCCAUCCGAAAUGGUUAUUCACGAAACCCCUAAACGUGAUAUACCUUCGGUAACAAACAUUCUUAAUACCACAAUGUCAGAGAAGUCAAAAGCAGCUUUAGAAAAUUGGAAAAAGAGUAUGAUUGAAAAGCUGGGAGAAGACGGUUUUAAUAAAUACAGCAGAGAACUAAUGGCCAUGGGAAGUGCUAUGCAUACUAAAAUACAGGCACAUUUAACCGGCCACCAGCCGGAUGUAAGCCAUUACGACGAAGUAGAAAACUGUUGGAAAAGUUUGGAUGCAGUUUUAAAAAACGUUUCGAAACCGAUUCUAGUGGAAAAAAUGGUCGUGCACGACGGAUUGUCGUACAGGGGCAUCGUGGACUGCGUUGCGUUUUACAAAGACACUCCUGUGGUAAUCGAAUGGAAGAAGUCGUCACGUGAUAAAUCCAGUUUGCAGGCGACGUACGACGCGCCUAUUCAAUUGGCAGCUUAUAUGGGGGCUGUGAAUAACGACAUUUCCUAUGACUUUAAGGUUGAAGAAGGAUUAGUAGUCGUCGCGUAUAGCGACGGUCAUCCGGCCAAUGUUUUUAAACUGACAAAACAAGCGUGUCUCGACUAUUGGAAGAUUUGGAUGGAAAGACUGAAUAAAUACAAACAAAUUCAAAGUAGUUUUAAGUAA